AUGGGCAUGAGGCCCCUGCUGACUGGCUUGGUGCAGCAAGAUUGGUUGGAGCACAAGUGCUCCCAAAUGGACUUUGACUACUGGAAGGAGAAGGACAGGAAGUCUGCUCACAUGGAGGAUCACAAGCACUGGUUGCAAAUGCAAUGUGAGCUGCACGUGCACAAGCAAGUGAUGGCAGCUCAGGAGGUUGAGAAGAUGAAGCUUGUGGUUCAGCUGGAGCAGCUGCACAUUCAGAAUCUUGCAUUGCAGAAAGGCAUUGCAGGUGGUGAGGACCAAGGUACUUCAACUGAUAGUCAGGAUGUUCACCUCACCUUCUGA